AUGAGCGUUGCCGAGGUUGAAGAGUCGGAGAACAGUAUUCAACCUCAGAACAAGAGCUCGAACCCUGAACCUAUCAGUGUGGGAGAUGUACUCAGAGACUUUGAGCAAACCAUCCUUGAUAUUGAGAAGAAUUCUACCGAGUUUGCAGACCUGGAGAUCCUGGACGGGUUAGACUCUGGGGAUAACAAGGACGGGGAGGAGUUGGAGGAGACAGAGGAGAGCUUGAUAAGAAACCUAUCCAUGAGCAAUGUAAAGUACAAACCAAAAUUAAACUGUAUCCUCUUGAACAAAACAGAUAAUGUUGAACCCACUGUUCAUAUCCAGAACGGUACUGAGCUCUUGGUUCGGGUUGGUGAAGAGUUUGAUCCGAAUGUUACAAACCGAACCUUCCCUGGCAUCUGCUCAGUGACAAUGUUCUUCACGACCUGGUGUGAGUUCAGCGCCGAGGCUGCUCCCUUCUACAAUGCUCUACCCAGAUUCUUCCCGGGGAUUAAUUUCUAUGCAAUAGAUUCAACUAAUAACCAGAAUAUAUAUGCUCAGUUUGGAGUUAUUGCUCUCCCAACAGUUCUACUUUUCCACAACAGUAAGGCUCUGUAUAAGAUAAAUAAUACUGAGCAGAGUUUGGAUAAAUACCUGGAUUUUGUCUCUCACUUCACCGGUAUAAAACCUCUCAACCUCAGCCUGGAGCUCACGGACUCAGAGCAACAAGGUCCUGUUCCAACUGUUGCCGUGAAGCAGUUCAACUACUUCCUCCUCCUAGCCUACUUGUUCCUGGCGGUGUGUGGGCUAGCGGAGCUUAGUAAGUCCGCCUACUUCAGGACACUCACGGAGAACUUGAGAAACGCGUGGAGAGAAGCUGAGAUUCAACACGAGCAUGCUGAUUAG